AUGUGGGAGCAUGGUGAUGAACCUCUUGCUAAGGCUCUGAUUGGACACAAGCUAAUGAAGUCUAUGAUGAAAGAAGCGAAAGAUGAUUUUCUUGAAAUGGAAUUGCACGACGAACUGAAAAAGGGUGCAGACUUGUUCAAAGAUUUGGCAUAUGAUUUAUUGGAGCAGUGCUAUCAAGUGAACGACGACCUCACCAUGCGGUUAUUGACAUACGAACUGAAAAACUGGAGUCGUAAGAACUGCAUUUCUUUGGCGGCGUUGGCCAAUCACAAAAAAUUCAUCGCGCAUCCGUGUUGUCAGCUGCUUUUGGGUGAUCUGUGGCUCGGUGGAUUGCGCGUGCGCAAAAACGUUAACCUGAAAAUCUUGAUGGCGGUACUGUUGCCGCCGAUGAUUCUCACCCUGACAUUCAAAACUCGUGAAGAACUCUUGUUGCAGGCACAAACCGCAGAGGAGCAUCAUGAAAAUGUCAACGAUGAUGAUGCAUCUGACUCGGAGUCAGAUUCUGGUGAAUCGGUUUAUGACACGGAAAUGGACGCAGAGUCGUGCGCGGAGACUCCCAGUCGCGAUACUCUGAAGGGUUCGUACUUUCUGAAGUUUAGAAGCAGGAGAUUGUCGUUAUGCACAGAUCCGCGACUUCAUUUGACCGAUGAGGUGAAAACGGUCGAUACAGUGGUCAACAAGGGAUGUGGAGGAAGUCGACGGAGGUCGCGCAAGGAACAUCAGAUGGUGGACAGCGUUCCGAACUCCACGUCAGCGGUGAUCAACAAAUCCGCUUCUGCUUCGUUUCCUAUCAGCGCGUCUAGCUUCAGGUGUUUGAACGCUGUUCACAUAUUUAGCAUAUUAGAUGAGAAUAAAUUAGGUUUGUAG